AAAAGAUAUUUUAACCGUCAGUCUAAGGUGAGCGCUCGACUAGUUCGGUACGUGUAUUGUAAAGCAAACGCUCCGUCACUCUGCCAUUCGCUGAUCGCUGCUGUCGUUCCUUACGCGUUUGAAACGGAAUUCCGCCUAAUAUUAGCCAUUACCAUUAGCCCAAACCUUGGCUCAAAGAAGAGAAACGUUAUAUGCAUACAAACAAAAAAAAAAAACAUACAAAUAAGAAUUGAAAAAAGAAAACACACACACACGCAUACGCACGUACACAUGCUUUAAGUGUUCGAUAGUGAAAAGUGAAUUGAGAUUUCUUUUUAUGUAAAUGUGCACAUUUUUUGAAUUUUUUAAAUUGUUUAUAUUUUUAUAAUAUAUUGUAAUAUAAAAGCGAUUUGGGAAAAGCAUUCGUUGAGAGCUGCCACUUCGGUUGUUGUGACGUUGCGUCUCUGUUCUUGGAAAUAACUAACUGCUGUACAACAAAUACGCGCAUUACCCAAAAUGGCAUACCGGUGCUUUUGGAGAAGCAUAACCAAUCUAAAAUUGGCCAUUGUUAUAGUCGCUUUAACCAUGCAAAUUGCGAGUGCGGCACUUUGGUCAAAUUUUGAUAAUGAAAAGGCGGAGAAAUGUAGUGGAGGUGCGGGUUUGAAAUAUUUGUCCGGCGACGCGUUAAUCGAUUCACCCGAUUGUCUAGGACCGAACAACUCACCGUAUCCUAGUGCGGCUGUGGCACGAACCUUCUCGAAUUGGAACGGUAACUCGAGGCGUGGACGUCAAAGUAAGUUCCCCUCAACUCUAGAUCCUGCGAUAACAACAAGUGCUCUGCUACGAGCGUAUGAUGAAGUCAAUAAUGAUUUGCCUGCCAAUCAUCGUUUUGGUCGUUCAUUGUCAAAUGCUCCGGUCAGCCAAUGCAGAGAAACACCAUCUCGUCUGUGCAAAACUCGUUACAAUACUACAGCGCCUAUGUAUGGAGUGAGUUUGACAUCAGGACAGCCGGUUACCAUUGUACAAAAGUUCCCUGAUCUGUUACAGCAAGUUGUUUUCGAAGUUUGCGAAUCGGGUGAAUGUGAUGUUGUACGUGGUGAAUGCACUCAGACAUAUGUGCCGUAUCUGUUUCUGGUAAUUCCAUUGGGUCCCGUCACACUGACUGGUCAGGACUACGUGUUGGUUGAAAGCGGGUGUGUUUGCAAACCCAAAUACUCAACGGGGGCCGCGCAGGAGCCAAAUAUGAUACCUUAGUUUAUUUCCACAACCAAAUAAAAAUUUAAUUUGUUAAUAUCUGAUAUACUGCUACAUAUCUACAUAGAAACUAAAGUGUUUAAAAUGGACAUUUGUAUGCAUAAAUGAUGUGCAAUGCUUUCACUAUAUUAUAUUUGCAACGAAUGCCCAUUUUUACUACCAAAUAGGAUGGAUUCAACAAGUUUUUUCUGUUGAAUAUUACACUUAUUAAUAUACAUACAUACAUAUUUAGUUGUAAAAUAUUUAUUAAUAAAAAUACACAAUAUUUAUGAAUUACAUAUAAAUAUUUCUCUAGAAUAGUUUAAGUUUCAUUUCAAUAAUUGAUUAGGUAAACAUUUGGGUAAAUGAUUAUUUGCAAUAUGAACAAUUAAUUUAAACAAUUUUAGAGCAAAUUUAGAGUAUCUGAUAUUAAUUAAAAAUUAAAAUUAAAUGAAUUUAAUUAUAAUACAAUUGAAUGUAAAAGCAAAGUCAAUUCGAUAAUUGCUCGUCGUUUAUCUUAAUUCAGUAAUCACAAUUUUUUAAAUUAAAGCAUUACAAAUAUAUUAAAGCAUAAAAGCAGUAUUUGGUUCCAAAAAUAAGCUUUAACAAUUUAAAAUUUCAUAUUUGCAAAUGUAAAUGUAUUUUGUUACAAUACAAAUAAAAGUAAAAAUCAAAUAACCAUUUAAACAGCAAUAAACACACAUAAAAUGAUACUAGAUACGCUAUAAUAAAUAUAUUUUAAAUAUAUAAAUGUGUAAUUAAGGGUUUCAUCGUAAGUUAAGCGUUUGUACAUCCUGUAACAGUAUAUCAGAAAUAAUUAAAUAUAUAAAAAAGGUUAUGUUUAAGAUUGGCUAUUUAUUGAUUGCUUAAAAAAUUUCUUAUUUAAUUAUGUAUGUAUAUUUAAUAAUGUUAAUCGCAUAUUUACAAAUGUAUACAAAUAGAUACAAAUCUCUACGAUGAGUUAACAACAAAAUAUUAUAAAAAAAACAAUAUGUUAAAUAUUAAGCUAGCGUUAGUUCACUUACAUAUUCUUGUAUGUACACUCGUACUACACGUACUGGCAAGUGCGUGUUUGUUUUAUGCAAAUGAAAUAAAUAAUUAUGAAUGUAUGUAGUAUAAGAAUUAAGUAGAAAAACAAGAAUUUGCAUUUACGUAUGUAUGUAUCUGAACACUGUAACAGUAAAUUAUUUUAAUAAACGAGAAUUUCAUCAAAUCUAA